AUGAGUUUGCCCACGGGCACUUCGCCGUCAACACGCAAUUCGACCCCUUUUCUGUCAGCCGCCGCCGCCGCCGUCCUCCGGGACCUCCGCAUCGCCCCGAUCCGCAGACCGAUCAGCACUGCCGCCGUUGGCAAAUGUUCCAAGCCGUCAGCACAGCAUCGCAGCACAAAAUGCAUUCACCAUCCUCGUGUACACGUACCAGGCCUCGAUGGCCUGCACCACCGCGUCCACAACGUCUGCAAAGUACGCAAGGUCGCCCUGGCUUUCAAUAUCCUCUGGGUGUUUAUCGUACACUGGCGUCUGCUCAUGAUCCAAGAUCCUCUAGCAGGCCCUUGGGCCAGCCUGAUCUUUGGCCAGAAGCUCUAG